CCGGGCUUCUUUCUCCUCUGGGUACCAGCUCCUUACUGCCCUGCAGACAAGCGUGCCGUGCGUGCUUGUGGCCAAGGGAAGGAAGAGAUCCCAGGGUCUGUGUUCAGAGACAUCUGGGGGAAAGAGAAAGAGCAGGAAAAAAAAAAGGAAAAAAAAAAAAAAGAAAAAGAGCAGGAAACUACCCCGCACAGAGUUAAGCAGGAAACAACAACAUCAUGCAAAAACCCUGCAAAGAAAACGAAGGAAAGCCAAAGUGCAGCGUGCCAAAGAGGGAGGAAGAACGCCCCUAUGGAGAAUUUGAACGCCAGCAAACAGAAGGGAAUUUUAGACAGAGGCUGCUUCAGUCUCUCGAAGAAUUUAAAGAGGACAUAGACUAUAGGCAUUUUAAAGAUGAAGAAAUGACAAGGGAGGGAGAUGAGAUGGAAAGGUGUUUGGAAGAGAUAAAGGGUCUGAGAAAGAAAUUUAGGGCUCUGCAUUCUAACCAUAGGCAUUCUCGGGACCGUCCUUAUCCCAUUUAAUUAAUUUCUCUGACAAUUCAAUUAUUUUCUGUUAUUAAUGUUGCCACUGCUUUCUGUUUGUCUGCAUUUUCUUGAUAAAUAUUUACUAUCGUUUUACUCCAGUCAUUCGAUGUUGCUGAGAUUUACAUAUGACUCUUGUCAACAUCUCAUCUUUUGACCCAAUCUUAUUCAUUUAAUAAGAGGUCUCAUUCAUUUGCAUGGAAAAAUGCUCAUUGUAUAUUGCAAAGUGAAAAUAACGAGUUGCAAAACAGUGUGUACAUAUAUGUGUGUAUAUAUGUACACUUUAUUUGUGCAUUUCUAUGUGACAUAAUGCAAAGGAAAAUGUCUGAUUUUAUUAUACACCAAAGGUUAACAGUGAAUCUCUGUGUGAUCUGUUUUUUUCUUUUUGCCUAUCUGCAUCUUCUUACUUGCCAAAAAAAUGAAUACAUGCUUAUGUGUGUAUAUUACUUGUGUCACAAAAAACCCUAAAGUAGACACAGUAAAAGAACUUGUCAAUCGCCUUUGAAGGCAAUGAAACACUUAAUAAACUCUCAAUAACAGAAGCGUAAAAAUGAAAUGUAAACCUCCAAUUACCUCUGGAUCUCUUAGCCAGAGGAAUAAACUGGUAAUUAUUACAGAUA